AUGAGUACUUUAUACUUGGUUGAGGAUGAUAUUAAAUCAGAUAUAUUGAAAUUGAUUCUUGAUUUUAUUCAAAUUAAUAUAGUAGAAAAUGAUGAUAACGUUGCUUUUCCAGAGAUAAAAUAUAGCCAGAAAAUAUCCUAUGAGCAUAACGACAAAACCUAUAAAGAAUUUUUUUGUUCUCUUUAUGCUAUAAUCGACACGUAUAAUUGCUACAGUCAAUUUUUUUGUGAAGAUGAAGACAAAGUAAGCGAGAGUGAAGAAUUUAUUUUUAACCUAGCUAGCGACAAGUUUAAAUUAAAGCCACUUGAUAUGAAACAUUUGAAUGAUAUAUUAAGAGAAAGAUCUUAUAUUGUAUCGGACAAACAUGCAUCUUUAGUAGAUAUAUUUUAUUUCUGUUGUGUUUAUAAAAUAUUAAAACCAAUGUCUGCAAAGGAAAAAGUAGAAUAUUAUCAUAUUUGUAGGUGGUAUAUACAUCUUCAAGAAACAUUGAUAUGCGAAUUUGUUAAAUCACACAAACUAGAUAUGCAAACCAGUGUUGAAAAUUUACUAAAUACUAGAAUUUUAACAUACACAAAUGAAAAGGGAAACAAUGAACAAAUGGGAUCAAAGAAAAAUAAAGGUAAUAAAAAAAAUGGAGAUUCGAAAGAUAAUAAUGGAAAAAAGAAAAAUAAUAAUGCAGAAAAUAAAGAUGCAGAAGAAACCAGAAGUUUAGAUGAUAUAUCGAGAUUAAAUAUUGUUGUUGGAUAUGUAGAAAGUGUGGAAAUUCAUUCAGGAGCUGACACAUUGUAUUGUUUAAAAGUAAAUGUAGGUGAAGAUCAAGUAAGGGAUAUAUGUAGUGGUUUACGAAAUAAAAAAAAUCCAGAAGAUUUAUUAAAUAAAUAUGUUUUAGUUUUAGCAAAUUUAAAAGAAAAGUUAUUAAGAGGACGAAAAAGUUUUGGUAUGGUUUUAUGUGGAUCCUUUGAAGAAAGAGUCGAAUUACUUGUUCCACCACCUGGUGUUAAAGUUGGAGAAAGAAUUACAUUUGAAAAUGUGAAUACAACUAGUUUACCCGAUAAAACAUUAAGCUCUGUUAAAGAGAAAAAUGCAUUUUUUCUUAUUCAGCCAAAUUUCGUUAUAAACAAUGGAGUUGCCUUUUAUAAAGAAAACAAAUGGCUAUCAUCUCAAGGAGAAAUCACAUGUGCCCUAGAUCAAGGAACAAUAUCAUAA